GGAAGUGGAUGUAAUGAAGAGGUGCCACUUGGCGGCCAUGGCAGCUGUACUAUCGGUAGCUCCGGGUCAAGGCCCAGCGGAGCGGAGUAAUAUGGGCAGCACCAGUUAUAGGGCAGAGACAGCUUUAUAUCAACUUCGUUGCUGAAUCCUUAAGACCCAUCGUUAGACAUCUGCAGGACUCCUUUCCCCAUUCUAGGCUCUAAGGACAGUUUGCCGGGACUAGUGGGCUGGUCCCAGCCUUGGGGGGGUAUCACCAGCGUGGCUGACCCAGGUAGAUAGGAGCUCCGAGAGAACAAGUUCGCGUGGGUUUUCUGCCUUUUCCGGCUGCCACCUGGAACGUUGUCUGUGGAGGAGUUGGGCUCAUUGUGCUACUUUCAUUCCAACGAUUGAAGAAAUCGCCUAUUCGAUUAUUUUCUCCAUUGACUUUUUCCUACGUCUAACUGUUAAACCACGGGAAUCCAGUGACUGGCAUCUGAAAAACCAAGGGCUGGGGCCUAAGACUGCUGAAAGUUUUCUUUGGUGCUAAUAUCAGCAAAAAGGGACUUUUCAGGUACAUUCAAGAGCAAGGUGUCUUGUGAACACAUCUGCAGAACUGGAAAAGUCCACUUGUUCUCUUCGAAUCACCACACGUGUUUACGAACCUAAGUACGCAUUGAAGCAAUUGAAGAUUUGUAGUCUGGCGGUGGUAGGUGAAUCGAGGAGGGCAGAAUGGAUGAUUUCAUCUCCAUAAGUCUGCUGUCUCUGGCUAUGUUGGUGGGAUGUUACGUGGCUGGAAUCGUUCCUUUGGCUGUUAAUUUCUCAGAGGAGCGACUAAAGCUGGUGACUGUCUUGGGUGCCGGUCUUCUCUGUGGAACUGCCCUGGCGGUCAUCGUGCCUGAAGGAGUACAUGCACUUUAUGAAGAUAUUCUUGAGGGAAAACACCACCAAGUGAGUGAAACACAGAAUGUGAUUUCAUCAGACAAAGCUGCAGAAAUACCAGUUGCCCAUGAACAUGAGCACAACCAUGACCACACACAACUGCAUGCCUACAUCGGUGUUUCCCUUGUUCUGGGCUUCGUUUUCAUGUUGCUGGUGGACCAGAUUGGUAGCUCCCAUGUGCAUUCUACUGAUGAUCCAGAAACAGCAAGGCCUAACAAUUCCAAAAUCACCACCACGCUGGGUCUGGUCGUCCACGCUGCAGCUGAUGGUGUUGCUUUGGGAGCAGCAGCUUCUACUUCACAGACUAGUGUCCAGUUAAUUGUGUUUGUGGCAAUAAUGCUACAUAAGGCACCGGCUGCGUUUGGGCUGGUUUCCUUCUUAAUGCAUGCUGGCCUAGAACGCAAUCGGAUCAGAAAGCACUUACUGGUCUUUGCACUUGCGGCACCAGUCAUGUCCAUGGUGACAUACUUAGGACUAAGUAAGAGCAGUAAAGAAGCCCUUUCAGAAGUCAAUGCCACUGGAGUGGCCAUGCUUUUCUCUGCUGGGACAUUUCUUUACGUUGCCACAGUACAUGUCCUCCCGGAGGUGGGCGGAAUGGGGCACAGUCACAGACCCGACUCCACUGGAGGAAGAGGCCUCAGCCGUCUGGAAGUGGCAGCCCUGGUUCUGGGUUGCCUCAUCCCACUCAUCCUGUCAGUAGGACACCAGCAUUAAAUGUUCAGGGUCCAGCCUUAGCCCCUGGCUGUUUGCCACCCUGUGAGAAUGGCCGGAACAUGACAGCUGCUCACUUCCUCAGUCUCUUGUCUCACCUUGCCCAUCUCCACCUGUAUGCCUAGAGUCCGGAGGGAGGUGAGGAAAAGCUGGAGUAAUGCAAAGGUUUUAGAGUAGAAAAAACACAUUGAGAUUGGAUAUAGACAUUCUGGGUGUGGUCUUUUAAAGGGCCUUUGGCAUUUUGAGUUUUGAUGUUUCUCUUAACCCUAUUCUCAGGGAAGAAGGAAGUUAGUUUUAAGGAGAAGUAAAGAACUUCAUACUCACAAUGAAGCAGUAAUUAUGAAAGUACAGUGUUCUGUAAUUAAGCUAUUUCUCUUACUUAUUUUAGAGGCUCUGCCACUUUACCCAUUGAUUUUAACAUGGUUUUCACCAUGUAAGACUGGUGCUUUAGCAUCUAUGCCACAUGCCUUGAUUGAAGGUCAUAAUGCCCACUCUCUGAGAUGCUAAAGAUAAUUGUAGCUAGAGUCAGGAAGAUGACUGCCAGACACAUUGAAAACUGACUUUAUGCUCAAGAGAGAGACCCACUGAAAAGGGAAUGUCUGGAGAGAGUUAGACACCUCCUCUUGCACGAGCCCCUUUAAAGAGAGCCUGCCAUUCCAUCAAAUGGAGCAACACAGGUGGACUAGCUUCCAAAGAGGUGACUAAUGUUUUCUGCAUCUCUCUUCAAGUUCUCCUUUGCCAGAAUACCUGCCUCCAACCCCUUCUUAGAGAGGAGCCAAGUUUUAGUAGGUUCAGGCCUAGGUUUUCCUUCCGGAACGAACAGUCAGAUACCAAAGCAUCUUUGGGAAUGAAGGGGUGUUAAAUUGUAAGUGAAUUUGGAUAGUUACACCUUUGUAGUAAUCUUGUUAAAAGUAAGAUUACCAAAACCUAUGUUGUCCUUUUUUUCUUUUUGAGUAUUUAUCUUAGCAGACCAGCAGUCCCUCUGGCAAAAAUACUUGGUGCCCCUUGGGGAGGGCUAGGUCAGCAUCACUUAAGCACCAAUAGCAGUGAAGAAAGUCAAAAUGUAUCAUAAAUGGGAAGUGUUUGCCUGUUGAUUUAAAGCUUAUUGAAAUCAUGUCUUUUGUCUCUUCAUCUUUUCCAUGCUUUUCUCCUAACUUUUCCCUCCAGCCCCUCCUCCAUACAAUUUGCUGCUUCCUGCUGGUGGCGAUGUUAGUAUUUGUGUGAAUUGAGUUCUCAUCAGGACAACCACUUCUUGAACUGUGAUGAUGAAGAAAAUAUUGUCUCCAUUCUUUACUCCCUUCAAUGAAGUUAUCUUUGUGUCAAAUGCAGCUUUGUUAAGCUCUUAAAAUAUCACUUCCUCAUAUGUGAGAGGACACAGUCAUUCAUAUUCUGGUAACUUAAAUAAUUGAGAUACAGUAAAAGCAUUUAACAAAUUAGGAUGAUUUUUUCCAUAUUUGCCAAAAUCCCCAUAAACUUUGUGUUUUCAGAUAAGUGUACAAUACUGUGUUGUUAUUUUGAUUUUCUUUACCAUUUCAAAAGACAUUACAUAAAGAGGGAACCAAGACUAUUUUCUUUGGGUCAGUGGAGUUAGAAGUUGGUAAAGCAUUAUAUGACACGUUAAUAAAGCAGGCCUGUGAUUUCUUUAUUUCCUUCCUAGAUUUGUCACUGGGUCAGCAGCUGUGGAAAUACAACUUGCAAGACCUCUGCUGGCUGUAAACCAAAGUAGCAUAAAUAGGGUAUGAUUUUUGUAUAGUGGCUGGCAUCCAUUGCAUGUAUGAUAUUAAAACCAAUAGAAGGUAUAGUAUGGAAAGUCUGAGUGACUUUCCUGAUAACUGAUUUAUAAGAGUCAUGGGGUUUCAUCUGGUCCUUCAGAAUGACAUGGUUGCCUUGAUUCUCCCUGGAAAUUUACUUUGUUUAAUAAAUAGCACAUUUAGUGUCUGGUUUGAUCUGGAUAGUAGCACUUUCUUUCAUAUUGUUGUGUGCAAUGAUGAGAAAUUUGUUCUUCUGGCCAAAGCUUCUUUCAGCAGUGCCUUGCCAUCACCGUUUAAGUUUGGCUAGAAUAGGCUAGAAUAUCCUCCUGGGUUGGGCCUUGAACUCUGGCAAGGACUGCACCAUCUAACUUCCAAAUUUGCCUUCCUCUCUGGAUCUAACAUUAACAGGCAAACCUUUCAGGACCUGUCAGCUCUCAGAAGCUAUGGACUUACCCAGAUCUUAAAGCUGCUGCCUCAGAAACUACUCACUUGUCUCUGGUCAGCAGGCAGAAAUAGCCAUACUAACUUUAAAGGGCUCAAAUGCAUCCUCAGACAGCUGGGAACCGUGCAGCAUGGCAGAGGGUGUCUUCACUUGGGGAAGAACUUGCUUGUGGUGGGCAGUGUCCCAUGAGAGGCCACAUCAGUGGUCACUUAUUGGCACAUUUCAGUUCCAUUUUCCUUUAUUUAAAACAGCUUCCUUAAAUGUGGAUGCCUUAAUGCUCUCACACAUUUGAAAACAUUGGCAAUACUUAAAUUGCUGCCAUGAUUACAGAUGGACUUACUGGCCACCAAAGAGAUGCAGUUGAUGACGAAAAGCAUGGUCCAUCCUUUUUCAUAACCAAAGUUAACCUUAAUUGCAAUUUGAUCCCCUUUCAUUGAUGGGGAUAGAUUUCAGAUUCUGGGUGCUCUCAAAUGGCAAAUUAAGUUGAAAAAUACUGUUCAUCCAUUCCCCUCACUUGUUCUCCAGUGUAUUGCCAUUUCCCCAAAGCAGUGAUAUUCCAGGUCUGGUUGCUUUCCUGUGCAUGCUCUUGCCAGUUUUCUUUAGGUAAAGGUUCUGCACUGGAGUGUAGAGGGUUGGAAAUGGUACCACCUACAGAGGCUACACGUUCUCUUCCCCUCAUCAGCUUUUCAUUUCCCUGCUCAAAACAGCUGAGUCAACCCUGUUUCUUAUUUUGAAUCAGAAAAAAAGAGAGAGGUGGUCAUUUUGACUGGUCAGUUCUUUGUAGAAAGGAGAAAAUGUAAUUGUGUUCUUUACUGGCCUACUUCCAAGUGCCGCUGCCUGGUUUUUCCUGUUUUUCAAGAAUUAGAACUAGGACACACCAGCAUCAGAGUUUAUUAAGCCCCUCAGACAUGUGGUAGCUAGGUACUGAACACGGGAGCUGUAUGUCAACAGCACAAGCCCCCAAAGAAUGUUCCUGCCUAUGGGGACUCUAGGCCUCCUUGGGAGACUGAGGGCAAUGACCAGAUUCAUCAAAACUGCUGCAGUGCAAGGUGAGAACCCUUUGUAGGUGUUCUGCAGGAGAACCUUCCUUGCAUUAGAAAAUGUAAGCUCAAUGCAGAAUGGGUCCACAUCACCCAAAGAGCACUGUUGGAGAUGCUGUGAAAUUAAAACUAUUGAUGUAGCCCCCUUUGCACCUGAGACAUUGAGAUUCACCUUAGGAGACCUGAGGGAAAUUUGUGACUUGCAGGAAAGGACUACACAAUCAUUAGGAAUUCUAUAGAUACACUCAGCCUAACACAAGGAGAUUGGCUUUGAUCUUUUUUUUGACAGCAUCUUCUAGCAAAUUGUAAGUCUCAUGGAAUAACACUGCAGUUCCCCCUGGUUCAGUAGGUGGAAUAGUGAUUUUAAAUGUCCCUUUUUCUGGAUCCUUUGUAAACAUGAAAUCAUUCCAUGGAUGGCUGCCUUGCCUUAUAAUUUUGUCUCCUUCCACUUUAAUUGUGAAUGGUCAAUUUUUUUUUUUUUUUGCUGUUUUCUGACUUGUUUUCUGAUAUUAAAUUUUUAUUAGUGCAUA